AUGGAAAGAGCAGAUCAUUUACAAUCAAAUUUCGAAACUGUGCCAGCAGCACAAUUCAGAAUUGCAAAGGGUGAAACAACGGUAACUCAGACAAAAUUUAUAAUUCAGAAACCAAUCAAACUUCAACCUACUGCAUCAGUUCAGAAAUCCCUGUCUGCAGAUAUUCAGAAAAUUCUACGCUUCAAUUCUGCAAUGGACAACUCAUCGGUAUUAGCAGAUGGCACCCAUCCUACAUGGAUUAUCAGACGUCACCUAACGCAAAAUGACAGUGCAACGGACAGCGCUGAAUCAAAAUCUGAAAUAGCGAAACCAAUAAAGAUUGAGAAUUGGACAACAGCAAAUGCUAAACGUGUGGAAGCAAAUCGAAAAUUAUUGCAACAACAAAUUCCUUAUAAAUCAUCCACCGCAUCUGUUGCUUUCAAGGAAACAAUUGAAGAGUACGAGCGAAUAAUUGGAAUGCAUCGGAAAGAACACCAAAAUGUUACUUCCAACGGUGGAAAUACAACAUGGAAGCAUGGAACUUCAUCGAAUGGUACUUCCCAUAAUAAAAUAUUUGAAAAAUCCAUGUCAACGAUCGAAGAACAACAUGGACAUGCGGAAUUGAAAACAAUCCUGAGAUAUCUGAAACAUGGCAGAAGCGAAGAGAGUAUUGAACGAACAGCGCCAAUGUCUAAAAGUCAUGGUCAAUACAAUGACCAAAUUCAAAAUGAACCGGCUACUAAUGAAAAAGCAGAACUGGACAAUCAUCGAAGUAAUGCAAUCAGAAAAGAGCAAGAAGAUAUGCCUCAAGAAAGUUCUUAUCAAACAGCAAUUGUUCUUAAUGUCUUUGAGGGAAAGCCAACUUUGGUUUCUUCAUCCAACAACAAUGAAACAAUUUCCUCUAAAACCGAAAACGUAUUGCCGAGCUAUCAACGUGACAUCGAGCAACAAUUGAAUAGUGCUUCAGAAGUUACCGUAAAACAGAUUUUUGUGCAAGGAACAACUGAAAAUAGUAAAACCGAAAAAUUAACGUUAAAAAAGACUUAUAGUACAGUGAACGCUGCAUUCAAUGCGAAACAAACGCCAAUUCGAACUUCCCUUUCACGGAAGAAAGAGGAAGAUGAAUAUGAUGUAUUUGAAGAGGAGCAUGAACCAGAUUGGGUCACCAGUUCAUUCAGACUUGGCUCAAUACGUCGGAAAAAGAAUGAAAAGAAUGUCGCAAUGCAACGCAUUCAGAAAGAAAUUGAACUAGAAAAGCAGCGACAUCAUGAAAUGAUAAAAAUGAGGCGAAAUGAUAAAGUAAAUCUGUGUUAG